AUGCCUAAUUCAGUUUCUGAAGCCAGACAACAUACUCCGACGAAACUGGGAGAAGGAAUUAAGGAUGAACAUGCACCUUGGUACAAGAACAGUUUUUUGCGGGUUGAAGAUGAUUUGACCAAGAGCAGAGAAAAACGAGCGACUCCUGGAACAUCGCUGCCUUUCAGUGCUGAAGAAGAGACUAAUUUGGUGAAUCUGCAUAAUAACUAUCGUCGUCUGGUCUCGCCUCCAGCUUCUAACAUGGAAUAUAUGAUAUGGGAUGCUGAGUUGGCAGCCUGGGCUCAGGAAUGGUCUGAUGGGUGUUACUAUGAGCAUGGGUUUCCACCAGCGGCUGAUAAUGUGGCAGUCGGUCAGAAUCUCUGGCGUGGUCUUGUGCAUGAGCAACCUGAUGGCUCUGGUCCUAUCAGCAGCUGGUGGGACGAAUGGCAGUGGUAUGACUAUGAAACGGACUCUUGCCAACCGGGAAAGAUAUGUACCCAUUACACCCAGCUGGUGUGGGAUACUUCAUCUAAAGUUGGCUGUGGCAGAAGCUUUUGUGCUGAAGGAUAUGAUGAUACACUAAACUUCACCACAAACUACAUCGUUGCUUGCAACUAUUUGGAACAAGGAAACAAAGAUGUCAAGCCAUAUGAGAACGGAACUAGUUGCAUAUGUCAAGAAGAAGAAACGGUUAGCGAGUGUUCGACUACAUGUGAAGUUAACUGUAAGAACUGUGGCGUUAUCAACGAUGACUGCACCUGUACUUGUACACCACAGUUCACUGGUGUCGACUGCUCAGCUCCUUGUGGCGAUUACGAUGCAAACUGUGGUACGGGAUGGCCACAGAUCUUAUGUUCAGGGAUGAUACAAGGUUUUGAGUUCGUCUUAGAGCAGUGUCCUGCCAUGUGCGGCCUAUGCAGUGUCGAACCUGAUACAUUAAUCACAGGCUGCCCCACAGCCAUACAGCGAAUAUUAAAUACAGACUCUUUGACCAACGAUCGCUUUGCAAUAGUAACUUGGAUCGAACCGAUCUCCAGUCUAACAUCGGUCGUUAUGACGUCACAAUCCCAUGUCCCUGGCACCCGGUUUCCAGUUGGUCAGACCUCUGUUCAGUAUGUCUUUUCUUCAGACACGCAAGAAGUUGCAGCGACGUGUUGUUUUGAUGUCGAAGUGAUAUUCAGACUCGCCUGCUCAAACACAACAGUAGCAUCUGACUUUGGAGAUGUAAGACUUCCUGCAUCUGAGGUGGGAACCACUAUCGACUCUAUGGAGUUAUGUCCAGGUAAAAUUUAA